UUUUUCGGCAUGAACCUCCUCUUCAAUGCCAUCAUGUGGGGUCUCUUCACACGUGCCCUUACCCUUGCUUCCUCCACUGUACGCGUCAGCAUCAUAAAUACGUCUGCCAACUUCAUCGUCACCGCCGUCCUCAGCUUCAUCAUCUUCAGCGAAAGCUUACCGGGACUGUGGUGGCUGGGCGCAGCAAUGCUAGUAGCUGGAAGCGUGAUUAUCGGAAUGAGGGAAGAGACGGAAAAGAAGAGUGUGGUAGCUACAACAGGGGAGGCCCCGCUUCUCGACCGCGACGGCGAUGCGAACGCCGAGGGCUUCAGGGACGACGAUGAUGAAGACGAGGAUAGAGUCGAACUCAACAGUGUGAAGAACACAGGAGGGGACAGUAGCGAUGAAGAUGGCGUGUUGAAGUAGACCAGACGCAGAUGCGUUGUUAUGAUAAUACACAAUUCGGACCCUCUGAACUGGAGCCUGACCACCUGAUUACCACGGUACCACUCCUAUCCUCCCCCCUCAUUC